GAGGGGCCUGACGGGGAGGGCUUGGCUUGUGACUGACCUUGCUGGUGCCAGUCGGACGGACUGGCUGGUGCAGUCUCAGGCUCUGCAGUCCCCGGGCUUGGCGGGGGGGGCGCUCAUUGGUAUUCCCCAACCUGCCUGCGUCAGGCCGGAGCUGCUACAUUGCGCCCCAUUCCGGGUCACCCCGACUCCUGCCCCAGCCCGCCAGCCCGUCGCCCUCACCGCUUGCUAACACCACGCGCUGUUUCUCGCCCGCCCCCCAACUCACCCCGCCCCGCGUGCCUCCUCCCUUCCCCCUCCACCAGGCGGCGCGCGCCCAGCCUCAAAACCGUCCCUGCGGCGCUGCCCCCCUCCGCCCCUUAGCGCGCGCCCGCCUGCCCGCCGGGAGGGGGAAGAGAAGGGGGCGCACGAGCUCCCGGCCCGCCCCCUGCCCGCCUACCAGCCGAGGGCGCUUCUGUCAGCACGGGGCCGGAGUAGCCUCGGCGGUUGGAACCGUGGGGCCACCGCCGCCGCAGCCGGUAACGGCCGCCGCCGCCGCUCGAGCCAAGCCGAGCUGAGUGAAGCCUCCCUCGGAAGGAGGGGGCAGGCGGUGGGCUUAGCCCCGGGCUGCGGCCCGCCGCCCCCUCGCCUCUCUCGCCCAGCCCUCCGCAGGGCUGGUCCCCGGGUGGAGCAGGUGGAGAGAGCCGAAGGUAGGUCCCCCGCCACCACCAAGAAGCCCCCCUAGGGCAAAGGCAUAGCCACUACCCCAGCUCCCAAGCUGAAGACGGGGAUGUGCAGGGCUGGGGCCACGUCGUAAGUUGCGGACAGUAGCCGGAGCUGAGUCUCCUGUAUUGUUGCACAUACAAACCUGGUGUGGCCAAGGAAAUUAAGCCAUCUCAGGUGAUGUCAUCAGCUGUUACUGAGACCACAUAGAAAUCUCUGGUUUCUGGACUCUAGUUCCACCAGAACCAUGGGAGUGUUGAUGUCCAAACGACAGACAGUGGAACAGGUUCAGAAGGUGAGCCUGGCUGUGUCUGCUUUCAAGGAUGGGCUACGGGACAGGCCUUCUCUCCGGCGCACUGGUGAACCAGCGGGGUCUCGAAGGGGCACUGUAGAACACAGUGUCCAGGAAGUACAGGAGGAGGAUGAGCUGGAGACAGCUGCUGCUGUCCCACAGGAAGAGAACAGUGUCAACAGAGCAGCUUGGGAACGACUAAGGGAUGGCCGUGGGGUAGAACCUGAGGAGUUUGACCGUGCCAAUCGCUUCACACCACCUGCCUUUAUCCGACCCAUUCGGGAGUUACAUGAUGACAAGCCACUUGACAUCUGCUUGGAACCUAGAGAAUCUGUCAUUAGUGAUGAGAUGUGUGAGAUUUGUGAGGUGUGGACUGCUGAGAGUCUCUUCCCAUGUAGGAUCUGCACCAGGGUUUUUCAUGAUGGCUGCUUGCGCCGCAUGGGCUAUCUACAAGGAGACAGCACAGUGGAAGUGACUGAGAUGGCACACACUGAAACAGGCUGGAGCUGUUACUAUUGUAACAACCUCAACCUACUUCUCACAGAAGAGGAGAUGUAUAGUCUCAUGGAGAACUUCCAGCAGUGCAAAAUUAUUCCAGAUUGCUCCUUGACACUGGAAGACUUCCUUCGCUACCGCCAUCAGGCAGCAAGGCGAGGAGGAAGUGAAAGGGCACUGAGUGAAGAGCAGGAAGAGAGGGCAGCUCAACAAUUUGCUGCCCUUGACCCUGAGCACCGGGGCCAUGUUGAGUGGCCUGAUUUCUUGUCCCAUGAGUCCCUCCAACUACUGCAGCAGCUUCGUCCACAGAACUCUCUCUUAAGGCUACUGACAGUUAAGGAGCGGGAACGAGCUCGGACAGCCUUCCUAGCCCGAGACACGGGGGGCUACAUCAGUGAGACGGAGUGCCGUCGUGCCCAGCACACCUGGUUCCGAAAACGACCCCUGGAUGCACCAUCUUGCAAUGUUAGUAUCAGCCAUGUGGGACCCAUAUCGGAAAGCAGCCCCGCCAGCAGCAGCAGCGCCAAGAGCCCGGAGAAACCUCUGCAGACAGCUGAGCAGGAGGAGCCCCGGUCUGUGGAUUGGCCCACCUUCCUGAAGGAGAAUGUUAUAUACAUCCUUGCUGCCCGCCCCAACAGUGCUGCCAUUCACCUGAAACCCCUAGGGUAGAGCCUCUAGAAGUAGGGGUAGCCCCAACUGGGGCAGUAUGGGGUCACCUCCUUCCCCAACCCUGACACUGAAAAAGACUGGGAGGAAGGAGACCUCCAGCACCUUUUGUCACUAAGCAUUGCUACAGGAGAUCUAGAUAACUUCUCCUUUCAUAGGAAAGGCAGCAAGUGCAUUGCCCAAGGGAGAGGUUCUGGGAAAAGAGGCAAUACUCACUCUACACCUAACAGCUCUCUGUCUAUUGCUAGGGGGGGAAUUUUUUUCCUUUCUCAUCUCAACCAAUACCACUGAUGGAACAACCCCAGAUUUUUAAUCCCUCUAAAUGUGCUAGAGGUUUGGUUUCUAAUUGGUUGAGAAAGGACCAAACUUCAUUGAUUUCAUAGAUCAAAGAGCUGAAAGAGACCUUAGUGGUUACCUAGUCCAACUCUUUCAUUUUAUAUAUAGGGGAAAUGAGGUCCAAAGAAGUUUUGACUUGCCUCAGAUCACACAGUGAGUGAGUGGCAGAAUCAGAAGCAGAAGCCAGGUCUCCUGACUCCUAAUCCUGUCCCUCUACAAAAACUAAUUGGCUGAGGUAAAACUAGCCUAGCACACCUGCCUUUUACUAACCUGUAAACUAGAAAACAAUAUCCUUUCCAAAUCCUUAUGAUCUUGACUGAAAGAAGGCUCACCCAAAGUCUGCAGAAUUCUGGUUGCCUUUGGAAAGGAAGCUGGUAACCUUCAAUGAGACUGUAUUAUAAGUGAACAAAGUGAAGUACAAUUCUGGCUGCCUGGAAGCAAAAGCCUGAUUUGGUGGGCAGGAUAGAAAAAUCAGUCCCAGUGGUAGUUCGGAGGACUUUACUAUUCCCAUUCUCCCAUCUUCAUUUCUACCGGUUCCUAUAGCUAGAGUAAUUAAUAUCCCAAUAUUGUGGAAAAUAAAGAAGUCUUCCUUAGCAUCUCUUGGAAAGGAAAAGGGAUUCCUCUAGGUAAUUAGCAUCACAGGUGGUCUUCCACACCACUUUUAGAACAUGAUACAUAUUGGGAAAGAAGAGGUUUGUAGAACUCAGAAGUCUUGGGCCUGCCUUCUGAGGAACAAAGUUUUUCCUGAGGUUUGGAGGUUAAUGAAGUAGGUAGUGAGGAAAGUAGUCCCCGCUCUCAUUUUCACCAAAACAAAGCCCUAUGAUUACCCUUCCCAAUAUUCCCAUUAGGCUAGAUCUCACCAUUUCAUGACUUUUCUCCUUCAGAUCUGCUCUAGAUGUUAGAUUUCAUCAGUAUAAAACUGGGAUCUGUAUGAGGAGCUGCAUAGUAUCGAUUGCCUAAAUGCUUAUCCCCAUGGGAUCCAGUGAACUAGAGAAAGGUGUCUGGUCUAGACACUAGAACUAGAAAGGUAUACUAUGUCUAGUAUUCCGUUUACUUAGGCAAGCUCCUUUGCACAGUCCUUAGUAAACUAAAGUACAAAUAAGAGCCUUAGCCUGCCCCCCGAGACAUGAUGGCCUGUCCCUAUGCCCAAACAUUAUGAAUACAGGCAGAGCAGAAAUGAAAGGAACACUUCUUCCCAAAUUGCUCUCCGGCUAUUAAAUGAUAUAAAGAAACCUUAUACUUAGAAUCAAAGAGGGAAGGUUACGGAACUUGGAGGCAAAUCUUCUGACUUCUGUUUUUUAUUCUGCUACUAAUCCAGAGACUUUUGAUUAGGUAAAUCCAACUCUUACUUAAUGCCAAAGUUUCUCUGCCUAUAAAAUGUGAAGAGGAAGGAGAUCUGUUCUGUGAAAGUCAAAUUCUCCUGGAGAGAGUGCUGAGAGAAGUUCCAUAGCAAUCUAUCAGUCAAAUGGAGUGUUUCUGACAGAUCCUCUGCAUCAUUCACAAUGAGGUGAGCCCAGAAUUGAACAGGAGGAGGAGAAUGGGCUGGAUUGCCUUUAGGAAAUUGCAGAGUGCUUUUAAUGACUCUAAAUUUCUCGUUAAACAAAGGUCUAUCUUUUUUUAACAUUCCUCUUCCAAUAGUGUCUAUUGUAUAGCUUCAAGAUAUGAGAAACCAUUCCUGAAGAAUUAAAAUUGUUACCUAAAAGGCAAUAGAGUGGCAUAGGAUGGGCAUGAAUAGAGUGCCGCAUGUAAGCAAACAAGAAAAACAGUAGAAUAAAAAAUAUCAGCUAGAUGUAUGAUUAGAAAAGAAAACAGACUUGUCAUGGUCACCACAAGGAAUAGCCCAAGGGCAAGUACUCACUUGGCAUCUAUGCAGUGUCAAAAGAACUAGAAGUCCUCCAGCACAUUGGGUAGACCCUUUGUGGAGAAUUUAUGGUAGAAUAUGAUCAAGAAGGGCACAAGAGUAGAGGGCAUGAAUGGGUUUCAACCUGCAUUAUUGGCAGGAGUUUCCACAUCGAAAAAAUCACAGAUCCAGUGAAAUAUUGACAAAAGAAUGUCAAUACAUGUAUGCAAUGAAGUGGUCAUGAAAACUUGUGGUCCAUGAAACUAAGGAAUCAAUCUGGAGAAGUAGGGAAAGUGGUUUUGAGUAUUUCAACUUGAAUUGAAAAUAGAAACUCAAGAUUAGAGUGGGACUAAUUUUUAUGGUUAUGAAACUUUCACAAGUUAUAGCUACUUGCAAAAGGUCCUCCAUGCUCAAAUAUUGACUGGUGCUAAAGGUUAGCAUCAAGGACAUUGCAUUCCAUCAUUAAUUCUCGUUCUAAGAAUUGCUUUUUCUCACUGCAUUUCAAGCCAAAGGCCUAAGAAUUCCCUAGAAAAUGUUUCUGAUUUAGGUCAUUCCAGGAAGCACACACUUUAUGCUUCCAGAACUUUUGAGGAAUCUUAUCUGCACUCAAGGAACUUAAUGGCCUCCAUUAACUACUAGUACAGUGGAUCUAGACUCUUGUUCACUUGUCCUGCUUUGAUGAACACUGAUGCCAAAAAAGGUUGAUCCCUCACCACAACCUUGUGUCUUCAGUAUGUGAAAAAAAACUCAGAGAGAGAGCUUGCCAGAUGGGCACAUCCCAGGACCAUCUAAGCAGAAUGGGGUGUUUGGUCUGAUUGACUAUUGCCACUUUCACUUGGUGCUCUGAUGAGGCUUAGGUGAGUUCCUCUUCCCCUUCUCAAGGGAAACAAAGGAAAGCAUUAAGCCUUCUCUCCCCACACCCAAAUUAGUGUUGAGGCACAGAAGAAUAUCAUAGAAAUGGAUCCUUUUGGGGACCAGAUUCCCUAUAGUGGAAGGAACCUAGGCAGGGCUAGACAGAUGGAAAACUCUUCCAUUUUUCAUAAACACUUGCUAUUAGCUAGUGAGGGAGAUUUCAGAACUCUACUUUAGUAACCCAGUGUUCAAAAUUCUUGGUCUAAAAUUAUGCCCAGCCUAAAGUCUUGCCUUUUGCAACUUUUUCCCUCUUGGUGUUUCACAGGUGUUAGGAGGGUGAUUUAGAGGCUACCGCUUUAAUUUCCUUGAUCUCACUAUCUUUUACAUUUCUAUUUGCAUUUUGUAAUUGUUUUUUUUCAAAUCAUCAAUAAUAGAAUCUUUAUCAUCUGUACUCUUAUCUUUAUCUGCUGAAAACAUAACAGGCUUUUCUUUUUAACUCUUCUAGACUCAUUGCUCCCAAUCAGGAGAGUUGUUUCUAAAAAAAUUUCUUACUACAUUCUUGACAAACAACCUCCUUAAGUGUGCAAUUGUCUCCUCAGAUAAUAUGUCGAGACCUAAUUGCAUUUCAGCCACAUCCAUUAAUUUAUCAAGAAAUGCUGCUGAUGACUCCCUAAUAUCCUGCUUUAUACACUCAAAUUUCGACCACUGAUCAGGUCUCUUUGCAUUUGUCUUCAUUAUUUCUAUGAUAGAUUGUCUCCCUUGUUUUAAAGCUCUAGAAUUAUGAACUGAAUUAAAAUCAAGCUCCUCAAAACCCUGUGGCCAUGGUGUUAGAGCAGGUUUGGUACGGGUUUGCUCAGUAAACUGUUCCCUCUCUCUUCUUGUUAAUAGCUCUUCCAUCAGAAAAGAGAAAUCAGCAAAAUCAGGGUCAUAAAUCUUUAUUGCCCUCUUAAACGCUUGGAUCACUUUGAUCACUUUAUUCAGUUCAUCAAAAAAUCUGGGGGUUCUCCUUUUGAUUGCAUCUAAUUCUGUAGCUGAGAAUUGCUUGUGGAAUUUUAAAUGAAUGAUUCCAUUAUCUGGAGAAACAAAAGGCAAGUCUCUUUAAGGAAACAGGGAAGCAGGUUUUAAUUUAAAAAAAUAAGGUAGAAGAGUAUGGGAUAACCUAAAGCUAAUUUCCUAACUAAUACCCCAGGACCUACUAUCUCUUUACAGAGAUUUCUUCAGAGUGAUUUUUCCCUACUCUAAUCUUCUCCUCACUGCCUAAAUCCCCAGUCCCCAAUCUUGGCUGAUUUAAACUAAACCCUCCUUAACUAGUUUUAAGGAAAGAGUCUGUGUAAGCCUGAUAAGGCCCAGGGAAGGUCUUAGAUCCAAAAGGAUCCAGACCUGGUCUCACAAUCAGAUGCCAGAUGGUUUAGGAUCACCAGGAAUUGCAGUAGAUAAAAUAGAUCAGCAAAGCAAGAUAGGAUAGGGAAUGCAGGGUAGUGUAGGGUAGUAUCAGCCACUAAGGAAAAGCAGCCUGGCUUUCCAGGUCAAAACCAGAGAAAGACCCCUAAACCUCAGUUAACUAUCUCUCUCCCUUUUUUUCCCAUUCUAGAAUUCUCUCCCUGUUAGUCUCAUGCCUCUGCAAACUUGCUCUAACCCUCUCUUCCUUAUAACACGGGAAGAAAAAUUUCUUGGAAUAUUUGAACACUCCAAUCUAAACAUAAUACUCCCCCUUUAUCUCACUUUUCCUCCCAGGUCAUUCUCAGACCUUGCAAUUAAUAAAUUCUCUCAAGUCUCAAUAUAGAUGUCCUACCCUAGUAAAACUUCAAUUUCUUCUCAUUGACUUCAGCAAUAAGAUCCUAGUGCUUCUCACCUUUUUCCUCCUCUUAAGGGAAGGCAUUGACUAUACAUCAAACAUCUUUGGAGAAGACUACUUGCCCUAAAAUUGCUCAUCACAGAGGGGGCUGCCCCUACUACCUAAUUGGAUGGAAAGGGCAGGACUGGGGGAGAAGAAUGCCUGCCACAAAGAAGCAGCUGCCACCACCCACAGUGAGAUAUUGCACUUGGCCAUUCCUCCUUCCCCGUGGCCUACUUACCUGCUUGUUUUCCUUUAACAUCAAGGAACAGAUUCCAAAUAAUUAUCUAGAUACAUUCAAAGCUAAUCCUGGGUUCUUGAGUAAUAUUAAUAUAUGAGAUUCAAGGAGAAAGGAGCCUCAUUCCCUAAACACUAAAAUCACACUCAAGGGUUCAUUCUCUGUUUUGAUGCCAGCUCCACAAAGAAGUAUUUUGCCAGUGGAAAUGAAGAGCACACACAGACUGCCUCUUCCCACCCCCCACCCAAUGUCAUUGUUACUAAAGGUGGUAAUUUCUGUUCAGAUCCACUAGCCUUGCUAAGCUCAUCCUAAAUCCAUUUCUAGGUCAUAAUUCUAAACUGAAUGGAAUAGCAAAAGGUCUCGACCCUCUUGUCUUUUGUAGGAGUGACCACUAUGAAAUCCUACUCAACCCCAAGCCCAUGCUUUUUUAUCCUAGAAGCACAGCACAAUCUGUACUGCCUACUAGGAUGUGCCUCUUUAGAAAAGGUCUCGCUUGGGAAUCCCCUGGAAUCUCCAGGCAGUCUGUUAAAGUCAGAUCUAUUAUAAUAGCACCACGAAUCUGAGUGAACAGAGAUGUCAGAAUCUUAGCCAGCAAACAAGCAAGAAGUUUAGUAGGAAUUGAUUAGGAAAACAGACAAGAGACAAUUUAAUCCUCAGGAUAGAUGCACCAUAGCAGGUGGUACAGGAAUGCUGUUUUCUCCAACCAGAUUUCUUAGUGGGGGCCUGUGACCCUGUAAAACCAAAGUUUGCUCUUCAGCCGGUUAGAGUAUGAAGUGGCCAAGCACUGAGGCUGAGCAACCCUAACUCUCGAAUUUCAGGAGACAUACCAGUCAGUAUGAAGCCACAGCUGGAAGCCACUUGCUGUCUGGCUUACAUUUGAAUCAGCUGCUGCCUUUUGCAUGCCUCUUACAAUUACUAGGGAUCUUUGAGCUUCUGGGAAAUAAGUACAUUCCUGUAUGCUUGCUGCAGUCCAGCAAACAGGGUUUCUCAUCAAACUUCAUGAAGCUGUCCUACAUUUGGUCCAGCCAUGCCAUUACUAUCCUUUUCUCUAAUAGCCUAUGGAUUGACCCAUGGCUUUUAAAGAAAGAUGAAGGAAAAUCUGAAUAAUUCCCUCCGCGUCAUUUUUGUUUCAUGGUCUGUUGUGGCAGAAGAAUGUCAUUCUUUCCCUGUGCUUUCUAGAGUGGGUCCUACAUUGCUUACCAGGCAAAGUCUUCUGUUUCAUAUUGGGGAAUGUAUGCUUCAACCUGGCAAGGGGUGUAUGUAGGCAGUUGGAAUUGGCCCGAUAUGGUCACUUCCCACUAUAGCUCUCUAAAGUUCCACAACCCUUGCUAUUGGGUUGUCAAGUACUUUCCCAGAUAACAGCAAUGGGGCACAAAGAACAAAUGGAACUUUACAAGAGUCUAUACUAAGAUAAAUAUGGGAUUGAGGAUAGAACCGAGAUGUCCUGGGUCCCUGUUGUGACCACAACUUGUGUCCCCCCAACCCUUAUGAAGAACACUGAAGACAUAUUCUAGGACUACUUGGGCAGCAGUGGGUUCUAGUUAAUCCUCCUCCUGUGUUCUCACUGUUAGGAGAUGGCAUGCCCUUUUUAAAAGAAUUAAAAUCCCUGUACCUGCCUUUCUGCAAACUAACUGGACAUUGAAGGGUAAAAUCCCUAACUUCUGUUUUUCCCUUGACUAUAGUUGCAUGUUUCUUCUACCCAUGCCCAGCCUUUGUGGGCAAUGCAGCCAAAUGGAGCUGGUAUUCCCAAAGCCUGGGCACACACAGAAUAUCCUAAUAAAGAAAUCUUGACACUC